AUGGGAACGUUCACGUUACCUUACUUCAUACGAACAGCAAUUUGGGAUAAAAAAGGCUACUGGAUCGCGUUCUUCCCUCUCGCAUAUAUCGGUCGCUGCUGGGAAAAUGCUGGCUACGCGAAAGUAGAAAUGAUGAAGGGUCGUUCAAAGAUGUAUGCCGACAGGAUUCGAUCCCUUCCAAAAAAUGCAGAUCCAUGGAAGUACUAG